AUGGCUGCCUCCACGAAAAUCUUCUCCCUCGAGGGGAAGGGCCUGAAGCUCGAUACGGCCGAGGACCUGGAGCCCCAUAUCGCUGCCCUGCGCGCCCUGGACGACGUGGAGGAGGUGCGGCUGCUGGGCAACACGCUGGGCAUCGGCGCCUGCAAGCUGCUUGGCGAGGUGCUCGCGACAAAACAGACACUGCGGGUCGCCAACUUCGCCGACAUCUUCACCGGGCGCCUUCUCAGCGAGAUCCCGGAGGCGCUCAAGGGGCUCCUCACCCCAAUCAUCAACCUGCCGAAGCUCAACACUAUUAACUUGAACGACAACGCAUUUGGGUACAACCUCAGGAAUGAGCUUGUAGACUUCCUGUCUCAGCACGUGCCGCUGCAGCAUCUGUACCUCAACAAUAACGGGCUGGGCCCUCACGCUGGCAGCGCAGUGGCGGACGCGCUGGUCGAGCUCCAUGCAAAGAAGGAGGAGGCGCGCAAGCGCGGUCAGGAGGUGCCCGAUCUGGAGACGGUCAUCUGCGGGCGCAACCGCUUGGAGAGCGGCAGCAUGGCGUCAUGGGCCAAAGCGUUCAAGUUGAACAAUAAAGUUCGCGAGAUCAGGAUGGUGCAGAACGGCAUCCGCCAGGAGGGCAUUGAGCAGCUGUUGCGCGAUGGCCUGAGCCACGCUAAGGAGCUGCGGGUUUUGGACCUGCAGGACAACACCUUCACCGUGUCGGGUGCCAAAGCCCUAGCCGAAGUGCUGCCCAACUGGACCGAACUGGUUGAGCUCGGCGUCAGCGACUCGUUGCUCAAGGCCAAGGGCGGUCUGUUGGUUGCGGAUGCCCUCGCUCACGGCUACAACAAGAAGCUGGAGGUGCUGAAGCUUCAGUACAAUGAAAUCAACUCUGCCGGCGUUAAGGCGCUCUACGAUGCUGUGCGUGGUUCACUGCCGGCACUCAAGCGCCUGGAGCUCAACGGCAACCAGUUCAGCGAGGACGACAAGUCUAUCGCUGCGCUGCAGGAGCUGUUCGAGGAACGCAAGGAGAAGUUCGGUGGUGACAUCGUGCACGAGGACGAGUGGGGCCUCGACGAGCUAGACGAUCUCGAGGAAGAGGAAGAAGAGGAAGAAGAAGAAGAGGAGGAGGAGGAGGAGGAAGAGGAGUCAGAGGCCGAGUCUGAGGAGGAGCAAGAAAAGGACGAUGUUGAGGCGAAGGUUGCCGAGAAGGAGGCGGCUGAAGCGAAAGAGAAGGCCAUGGACGACCUCUCAAAGAAGCUAGAAAAGACAAGCAUCUAA